AUGGAACCCGAGGGUUCCGACCGCGGUGAGGGGUCAAGUGCUUUGGCCCGACGUGCAGUAUGUGCUCCACUUCCCCAGAGGACUCGGUGGACCGAGACAUUCCAGAGCAAUCACGACUCACAAAAUAUUCGGUGCGAUAAACGCACCCCAUGUUCCAAUUGUCGAAGCUCAAACAUUGCCUGUCGUUCCACUGGUGAAGGCCAGAGACCGCAGGAGCCGAGGCGCCGGUAUGUAUUCCUCAAACUUUCGCCUUGCCUGCUGUAUGUAGCGUGGUGGGGGUGGGACUAUGCCGGGCUAACCAAAGUUCGCAGUGAGAAGAAGAUUGAUAUGAUCGAAGACCGUCUUGGGGGAAUCGAGCAAACUCUCCGGCAGCUGGUAGUCUCAUCCCACUCCAAUGGAUCAUCAGCAAUUAAAAUGCAGACGUCAUCUCAGGCAUCGCCUCAGAGCAAUGCCCGACGGCAAUCGCCACCUAAUGGACAAGAGCACGAAGGCAUCAAGGAGCCCGGAUAUACAUCCAAUGCAGCUAUCGAGCAGCACGACUCUAGCUCCGGCUUUGAGGGUAAUUCUUCUUUAGCUGCCCAUUCGGCAUAUGCCAGGGCGUUUCUUGAAUCUGCAGUCUCGCACAGCACACCUGAGGUACUUUCCAGUCCGAAGAUCAGCGAGGCAUUAUCGUCCCUCAAGCAGAUUGUAGAGAUGCAAAAUAAACGGCGAGGCAAUGAUACUCGGAGAGGGCAGUUCUCUAGCCAGAGUAAUCGGCAAGGUGCCCACCGCGAUGUCCGGGAUUUGGAGAUGCCGCCUCUACAGGUUGUUCUAACUCUCCUAGGGAGAAUCAAAGACAACCCCCCGUCUUCAUUUGGUGGCUAUAUACCGUUCUUCACGGUCGAAUAUUUCACGGAGAAGUGUCGUGAAGUCUAUUUCUGUACUGAAGACUACUCCGAUGCAACGUUCGUUACAGUUAACGCGGGACUUUAUAACGUCUUCAUCGAGCUCGAAAUUCCUGAGAAAGAUCAUGCUGAGCUGGAGAAGUACCAACACUACACGCGACUGUGCAAGUAUAAUUUGGAAGCCGCACUGGCCAAUCUGAACAUCCUAAUGCCCGCAACUUUUGAUACCAUUGUUGCACUGACUGUUGGAGCAAUGCACGGGAUCGAGAUCUCAAAACCCUCGGUCAGUUGGACUCUUUCUACAAUGGCUAUUCAAAUGUGUCAAACAUUGGGAUAUCAUCGCAUAUCGUCUAUGGAACAAGAUCCUCCAGAAGUGCAGGCGAAAAAGCAGAUUUUAUUUUGGUCGGUCUUUACUGUCCUUAAUAUGUUAUCUUUACGUCUGGGUCGCGCCUCACCGGUCCAAGAGUAUGACAUCGGCUUGCCUUCUCCGUUCGAGACAUUCACGAGCAACGGGGUAUGGGGUACCAUUUGUGCUCUAUGGACAAAGCAAGCCAUGAUCGAGAAUAAGAUAUAUACCUUGCUGUACAGUCCCGCGGCAUUGAAUCAGCCCGAAAACGAGCGGGUGGCUCAUGCUCGUCGCCUGGCCGUUGAACUGCAGACAACCGUUUUUGAACCAUUCGAGCAAAUUCUGUCCUCUGAUCUUCCUCUUAAUGACGUGGAUCUCAUCUAUCUUCGAUCUGACAAGGUCAGCCGCUUGGCGAUCUUGACUUUGAUCUACCGCGCUAUCCCCCCAUCGCCCGAGUCGGGCUCGCCUACCACGUUCAUACCCGAAUGCAUAGAAAUGGCACGAGCGUCUCUGGAGCAUCACCAGAUGUGUGCGAGUGCUUUACAAGAGUCAAGCGAGAUGAUCAGAUGUUCUUACAUGCAUUGGGCAAUUCUCGUCUCCCCCUUCGUCCCUUUCAUCGUAAUCUUCUGCCUCGUCAUCGCAACAUCCGACAGCGAAGACCUAACCCGGCUGGAAGACUUCAUCGCCUCCCUACGUCCACUAUGCGCAUUCUCCCAAUCAAUCGAUCGACUCCACAAUCUCUGCUCCGUCCUCGGAACCGUCGCCCGCCUCUACGUGGAAGCGAAAAGCCGAAGCCAAGCAGGCGAAGACCAGACGCUCGCCUCUGUUGGACAGGAGUUCGAUGUCUAUCUCAGUGCGCUCGGCCUGGCGCCUGGGAAUGUCAUGCCGAAUGCCCAGGGGUACUAUCAGACGGAUAUUCCUGGUAUGCAAACUAGUAUCCCGGAUUCGUCCUCACAGGCGUUUGGAUUCUCCACUCCUGUGCCUCAGGCUCCAAAUCAGGACAUUUCUACGGCAGAGAUGUCGCAGGCUGCACAGUUGGGGAACUGGUUUUCGGGGAAUCAGUAUAUGAUGGGCUUGCUGGAGGAGGAUUUGUUCCAGUUUAAUCCAAAUGGGCUAUAG